AUGAGUGAGCAGUACUCUGACGAUGGAGAUCCUGGAGGCUCUUCCAGAGAUGACUACGGCGAAAUACCUUCAGACAUUCCUCUCAAACCAAAUUACAUGACCGUCGGAAACGGCUCUACAUCUGCAAGCGCGGCGGCCUUGAUAUCCUCAUUAGAACAAGACUCGGGCUAUGGUGGUAGUAUAGCAGAUGGCUACAGUAACGAUGGUGGCAGAGCCUGGCAUCCGGGAAUUACAGAGGACCGAUAUACCCCGGCAGACACGCCAGGGAACAAUGAUCCAACGACGGAAAAGAGAGCUCUAGCUAGCCAUGUACAUCAACUAUAUUACAAUCAAAACCGGGCGACGCUAGGCAGACAAAUUACUCAAACGAUUGAGACACUGAAAGACCUUCAAAGAUUCAAUGCAGGAUGGCCUGCUCAGUAUCCCUCUGUCCAUGAGCCGCAGAGCGCAAGACCAGAGCCACGGCCUGGCUUGCAACAUACCAACUCCUCAUCUACAAGUCGAAACGCUCCGCAUUCCAUUGAUAAUAUCCCUCUGCGACCGAACGCACCGAAGAGGGCAGCUACUACGCUCGAGAACUCAUCGCCGGAGUCAAGCUCAAGCGCGAAGCAAAAAGAGGAAAAAGAGCCUGAAAGGUUGAUCACCCCAGAGUCGGCCCGCGAAUUUUCCGUCCUGAAGCUCAAUAUGAACGUUCAAGGUCUUACCCAAGCUGAGAUCGCGCACUCAAUCAAGAAGGAAUCUGUAGCUCAGUUGCUAGAUGGCAAGAUCAGUCAGAGUAUACGGCACCUCUUGCUCUUGAGAGAUCGGAUCGAAGACAUCUCUAGCAAAGUACUCAUCACAGGAGAUCUCAACGCCGGAAAAUCGACUUUCUGCAAUGCCCUACUGCGAAGAAAGGUCUUACCUGAAGACCAACAGCCAUGCACUAGUAUUUUUUGCGAAGUCCUGGAUGCAAAAGAGAACGGUAACAUCGAAGAGGCCCAUGCCGUUCAUAGAGAUGCUAAAUAUGACCGCAACGACGAGAGCAGCUACGAUGUAUACCAGCUUCUUGAGUUAGAAAAAGUUGUCACAGAUCUAGAGCACUACGUUUCAUGCAAAGUGUAUGUGAAAGAUCAGCGCACAAUUGACGAAUCUCUUCUCAACAAUGGCGUUGUGGAUAUCUCUCUGACUGAUGCGCCUGGUUUGAACUCGGAUUCAGUAAAAACGACCGCUGUUUAUGCAAGAGAAGAGGAGGUGGAUGUGGUUGUCUUCGUGGUCUCCGCUGCCAAUCAUUUCACACUCUCUGCAAAAGAAUUCCUUUGGAACGCUGCGCGAGAGAAGGCAUAUAUUUUCAUAGUGGUGAAUGGAUUCGACAAUAUCCGGGACAAAGCAAGAUGCGAGCGCAUGAUAUUGGAACAAGUACAUGGUCUUAGCCCUCGAACAUUCAAGGAAUCGUCAGAGUUGGUCCAUUUUGUCUCCAGCAAUGCCAUUCCAGUAGCUCCUGCGAGCGGUCCUCCUGAUGGCGGGGGAGGUGGAGGCAGCGGCGGCAGCGGAAGUAGCUCUGGUCCCUCAAAUGACUUUUCAAGUCCUGAUGAUGAUGACGACGAAGAAUCCUUAGGCAAACACGGAGAACCAGGGUCACCACCCAAGAAAGGGAAAGGAAAGGAUAAAGAGAAGAUAAGAGACUUUGAGGAACUUGAAAGUUCUCUGCGUCGCUUUGUCCUGGAGAAACGAGCUCGAUCAAAGCUUGCUCCUGCGAAGACCUACUUAGCAAACAUUCUUGCCGAUGUUCACUCGCUCGCUGUUGUCAACAGGGAUGUCGCUCAUUCAGAGCUUGAGCGUGUCGUCAACGAGCUCGAAGAGAUCGAGCCAGCUUUCGAAAAAUCUAAACAAGCUCGGUCUGACAUCAGUGAUGAGCUAGAGAGGACUAUUGAAGACUCUUGUGCUGAGAUCUACAGAGAUACCCGCACUGUAGUGAAUAAUGCCAUCGCUCAAAGCGCACAGGGUGAUGCUAGCGUUGUGUACCCUGGACUGACAGGGGCAUCUCAAUACGCAGAAGAACUUAAGGCGGCCAUGCUUGAGCAAAUAUCGUCUGCAGUGUCUCUUUGCGAAGAGAAGGCGAGAACCAAAACAUUCAACGGUUGCAAUACGAUUAAGUCGUUGGGCUUACUGCACCUUGGGGACCAGUACGCAGAGCUGACUCUGAACCCAAAGAAGAUGUUUUCCGGCAAGAAGGACGCAUUAUCCCGCGAGGUCGAUUUCGAUGUUGAGUUUGCAGACUUCUUUGAUAUUCAAGGACAUCUUAGCGGGCUGUGGGAUCAGAAUGAUAAACUUGCCGGAACCUCAAUGGCCUUGACAGUCGCAGGCGCCUUCGGAACACGCAUGCUUGGUGGCUUUGGCUGGGUCGACGGAGCCCUAGGUGCUGUUCGCGUGAUCGGUCCUCAAAACACAAGGCGGAUGAUCAUUCCCGGCGUCGUCUUCUGCGUCCUCCUCACCUCUGCCUACCUUCUACGCUCGAUCCCCAACACCCUCCCUCGCCGCCUCUCCCGCCGCAUCACCUCCGCCCUUGCCGAAGUCGACUACACCCACAAGAACGCUGAUCGCAUCGCCAAGGAAGUACGCAAGGUUCUGAGAGUCCCUGAACAGCAUCUUUUGAACGGCCUGCAGCAGAAUUACAAAGAGCUGGGCGAAAAGAGAGAGGAUAAGCGGAAGGUCGAGGAAGAGUCGAGAGGAGCGAGGAAGUAUUUUGCGAAUCUGAUACGGACAACGGAAACGGGACGGGCGAAGGUGGAGGAUGUGGAUCUGGACAGUGGUGGACCAGGGAUUGCUGGGUCGCUAGAGGCUUGA